AUGGAGAGUUACAUAAUGGAAUUAUUUAAAGAUGAGGUGACAGAAUGCAUAGUCGUGGGCAUAGGAAACCCACUGCUGGACAUAUCAGUCGUGGUGGACGACGAUUUCUUGAAAAAGUAUGACCUGAAAGCUAAUGACGCCAUCAUGGCGGACAGUAAACAUCUGCCUCUGUACAAAGAAAUUACUGAAAAGUACACUCCAGAUUACUUAGCUGGAGGCAGUGUCCAGAACUCAACUCGUGUCGCACAAUGGAUCUUGAAGAAACCCAACGUUUGUUCCUACUUUGGAUGCGUCGGCAAUGAUGAUUUCGCGAGGAUAUUGAAAGAUAAAGCUGAGAAUGACGGUGUGAACGUAUUAUACCAAGUGACGGCGGACAAGCCGACCGGAACGUGUGCCGUCUUGUUGACUGACGGAGGCAACCACCGAUCGCUCUGUGCCAAUCUCGCAGCCGCCCAACUCUUCACCGAAGAACACAUCCACAAACCUGAGUGCCAGGCACUCAUUGAGAAGGCCAAGCUGAUCUAUUCCUCGGGUUUCUUCCUAGCGGUGUCACCGGACACCAUGAUGAGUUUAGCGAAACAUGCCAGUGAGAAGAACCAGUUGUUUGCGUUGAAUGUGAGCGCGCCCUUCGUGAUGGAGUUCUAUAAGAAGCAGCUGGAAGAUGUGCUGCCCUACGUCGACAUCCUGUUCGGUAACGACCUGGAAGCAGAGGCGUACGCGAAAUUCUUCGGUCUAAAAGUUAACUCGAUCCCAGAGAUUGCUCUAGAAAUAGCGAAGUACCCCAAAAUGAACAAGUCAAGAGCCCGAGUAGUAGUUAUCACUCGAGGAUCUGACCCUGUGAUCCUUGUGAACGAAGGUAAAAUUGAGGAGAUCCCCGUGACGCCCCUGAAACAGGAACAAAUUGUAGAUACUAAUGGCGCUGGCGAUGCGUUCACCGGCGGGUUCAUAAGCCAGGUAGUGCAAGGUAGGCCUUUGAGGGAGUGUGUGCAGUGUGCCAUGUACGCAGCGUCCCAUAUCAUACAGAACUCUGGCUGCUCGUUCGGAGGCCCUAGCGAAUUCAAGUUGGAAUCUUAA